AUGAAAAAAAUUAGUAUUUUGAUUUCAUACUUGAUUGCUUAUUUCGUAUGUAACUGUAUUGGAAAAGAUGAUAGAAACAUCUCCUUUAUUGAUGCAAAAAAAAAUAUGAAUAUAAAUACCUUUAGCUGUCCUGACGCAAACUCAGUUUAGUUUAAAACUACCUUCUUUGGGCCAUUUGAUACAAAUACUUUAGAUUAAUCUGGAGGCUUUAACGUUGCAUAUUUUGAAUUUGAUAUCCUUGUACCUCACUUCUAGAGAGAAGUUAUUAUAGAUAUAGUUUUUAUGAGAUCUUUUCCUUCUACUACUUUAACAUUUUUGAUUGAUGGCAAUCCAAAAAGAGAAUUCCUAUCAGAAAGUCAAUAAUAAUUUAAAGAGUUUUGUAAUAGUAAAUAGCUAAUUACAUAUAAAGAGUUCGAAUAGUUCUUCAGAUUUAAAUUUUAAUCAUUCAAUCAGGUGAAUAAAUCAAUAGUCCAUAUUAGUGAAUCUAAAAAAAAAUUUAUAGAUCCUGGCUUAAUGAUUAGCUCUAUUUAAUUAAAUGUUAGUCCUUGCCACCCUUCAUGUUUAACAUGCAAAGAUUAAGAUAAAAAUUCUUGUCUUUCAUGCUCUCAAAACGCUACAUUAGAUUAAGGCACAUGCACUUGCAAUAAAGAUUAUUAUUUUUAGGAUGGAUAAUGUGUUGCAAGUUGUAAUAAUAAAAAUUAUUAUCACUAUAAAGACUAAAAAGAAUCUACAGAAAAAAAAGUAUGCACUUUCAUAAAUUAAUGUACUUAGUGGUAAAAUGAAAAGUGUUAAGCCUGCUAAAGUCCUAUGCUACCUUAAUAAGAUAUAUGUGUAAGUAAUUGCUCUUCUGGAUUUAUUAAAGUUAAGAACAAGAAAUCUAAUCUAGAUGAGUGUCUUUUGAGUGAUAGAUUCAAACAAGUGUCUACAGUAAUUUCAGCAUUUCAUUCAAAUAGUUUUUCAGGCAUAGAAGUUGAAAGCAUAAGUGGAUUAAAUUAUUCUGGUUUUUUGUAACAAUUUGCUGGCUUUGAUUCUUACGUCUCUAAAUGCAACUAAUACUAACUAUUUGGAGGAUUUUUUAUUAAUUAAAUUAAUAGUAAAAUUACCUACACUUUUUCAGCAGCUAACUCUAAUUUUGUAAAAGUUUAUUUUAAAUAUAUUUUUAUUGAUAUUUCAGCUAAAGGAAAUGCUUAAAUUACAGUUAAACUUAAUGACUAAUCCUUGACAAUCCAAGUGUCUUAAUCAAAAGAUCAAAUAGAUAUUUGUGGAUUUAGUGAUCCUGAGUUUUAAGACAACUUUACUCUUUAUUCAGCAUUAAAGCCCUCUAAUUAAUUAAAUAUUACUAACGAGGGUAAUUCUUAUUUAGGAAUUAGAGAACUAUCAAUAUACACCUUUAAUUGUUUACAGGAUAAUUGCUAAAAUUGUACUGUAAGUAAUAAAUAGACUAUUUGUUAGCAAUGCAUUCCUGGAUACUAUUAGUAAAAAGGAGAAUGUAUUUAAUGCAAUCCGAUGUGCUUAACUUGUUCUGACUCUUUAUCUUGUAAUAAUUGUUUGCCUGUUUAAGGACUGACUCUAAAUGAAAGUAAGUAAUGUGUUUGUUAAGAUUAUUUUUACUUCGAUUCCACUAAUAUUAUUUGCAAACAAUGUUUGAGUGCAACCUGCUUAACAUGCAAAGAAAAUUCUGACUAAUGUCUUUCAUGCUAAAAGCCUUUAGCUCUACUUGGUACUGAGUGUGUUAGCAGCUGUGGAAAUGGCAAAGCUGUUAAUUAAAGUACAAAUUAAUGUGCAUUAUGCAUUAAUAAUUGUUUAAAUUGUGAUAAUAACCUUUCGUCAUGCAAUUAAUGCUAGAAUGGCUUCUAUUUUUUGAAUAAUAAAUGUAUAUCAGCAUGCCCUGAUGGUUAUUACAGUGAUCAAAAGAAUGCUAAAUGCAUUCCUUGCUUUCAAUCUGAAUGUAUUAACUGUAUUCAAUCUUAUGAUAUUUGUACAAAAUGUAAUAAUAAUUCUUAUGUAGAUAUAAACACAUACUAAUGCGUAUCUCAAUGCUCAAACACUUAAUACGAUGAUUAAGGUUAUUGCAAAAACUGCUCAGAAUUAUACACAUAUUGUAUUUCUUGUAACUUGAAAUAACAGUGCACUUAAUGUAGUAACAAUCUCAUAUUAAGUGUUAAUUCUUAAUAGUGUUUACAAAGCUGUCCACAAGGAACAGUUUAAAAAGGUCAACAAUGCAUAUAAUGUUCAAAUAAUUGCAGUUAAUGCGAUAUAAAUUUAAUUUGUCAGGUUUGUAGCUCUGGAUUUUAUUUAUAUUAAGAGGAAUGUUACUAGAGUUGUCCUUCUGGUUAUUAUCCUGAUUUAUAUAAUUAGUGUUAACCAUGCUCAAGUGUAUUUAAUAACUGUUAAACUUGUUCAGCUACAGAAUGUCUAUCUUGUGAUACAAGUAGCAAUCAUUAAUAUCUUGAUAUAAAUAAAACUUAAUGCUUAUAAUAGUGUGAUAUAGGAUAGUUUUUUGAUUCUCAAAUGUAAUGUUAAUUGUGUCAAAAUAGCUGUGCAACUUGUGACUCAUCUAACACCAGUUUUUGCAAGAGUUGUGAUCCAAAUAAUUCUAUUGGGGAUAUAUUUUUAACAGAAGAUGGAAAAUGUGUAAGUUAAUGCCCUUCUGAAUUCUAUGCAGAUGCAAAUAACAUAUGUUUAAGAUGUAAUCAAAAAUUUGCUAAUUGUGUAGCAUGCAAUGCCUAAAUUUGCUUAUAAUGUGAAGCAAAUUAUUGUUUAAAUAUAGAUGCUCAUUUAUAAUCGUCAACUUGUGAUGGACCUACUACAGUUUGUACAUCAAAUACAUGUACUAAUAUCAAUAAUUGCUUAAUCUGUAAUAAUGGAUAAUGUCAAGUUUGUUCACAAAACUAUUUUUUAAUAGAUGACAAAUGUGAUUAAUGUGCUUAUCCAGGUACUCCAUCUAAAUAUUUUACAAAUUAUUAAAAGUAAACUUGUGAUUUAUGUUCUACAAAAUUUGGGACUGAUUGCCUUGAGUGCGACUAAAAUUCAUGCACUAAAUGUCAACCAACAAAUCAAUACAUCUACAAAAACAAAUGUGAAAACCAAUGUGGCGAUGGAUACUAUGCAAACUCAGAAUAUAAUUGUUAGCCUUGUUUAAAUAACAAUUGCCUUACUUGUGAUCCUAAUUUACCUAAAAAUUGCUUGAGCUGCCCGACUUUUGGUAAAAUUUUGCUUUAAAAUAAUGACUGUGUAAUUUAAUGCGCUGAAGGAUUCUUUUAAAAUUAAAACAUAUGCUAACUUUGUCCUGCUAAUUGUUCAAAUUGUAAAUCUUCUACCUAAUGCUUGAAGUGCUAAGAUAAUUUUUUAAUAGAUGUAACUUAAAGCUAAUGUAUUGAAAAUAAAUGCCCUUCUGGCUAAUACAAAGGAAUUAACACGUUUGGAAGUAAUGCAUGUUUUGAAUGCUCAUAACUAUUUUUUAAUUGCACUGAAUGUACUUAGAAUAGUUGCUAAUAAUGUGAGAUGCCACUAUAUCUUUAUAACAAUACUUGUAACGAUUCUUGUCCUGAUAAUUAUUACCCAGAUAAAAAUAAUAAUUGUUAAUAGUGUCCAAUAUCAAAAAAAUGCAAAACAUGCAAUGCCUCUAAUUGCUUGUCAUGCUUUCAAAAUAGUUAAUAUCCAUAUUUGGAUGAAAAUGGUAUCUGUGUCAGUCAGUGCAAAAGCAAUUAAUACUUAAAAUAAUUAACUAUUAAUAGCUUUGUAUGCACAUCAUGCUCUUCUGAUUUUGGAACUUCUUGCCAAUAGUGUAACUCUUAAUCAUGUCUUAAAUGUGAAUCUCCUUAAUUCAUUAGUGAGCUAGAUAAUAAUUCUUGUGUUACUGAUUGCCCACCAGGUUAAUAUGGAAGCGAAGAAACAAAUUUAUGCUAAAAUUGUGAAAAUACAAGAUGUAGUAAAUGUAAAUUCGAUAAGAAUAACCCAAGCUAAUGCACUUAAUGCAUGAAAGAAUAUCCUUACUUAUAUUAAGGUGAAUGCUUAUCUGAAUGUUAAGAAGGAUAUUUUCCUGACUUAGAUAAUAAUUGCUAAAGUUGUAGUUCUAAAUAUGAUCCUAAUUGCAAUUAAUGUGAUAGUGAAGUUUGCCACUCUUGCUCACCUAGUUCAGAUCUUUUUUUGUAUAAUAAUACUUGUGUGGAGUCAUGUCCAGAUUUUUAUUAUCCUUCUUAUCAAGAUAUAAAAGAAUGUAAAGUGUGCUUAGAUUCAAAUUGCAAAUAAUGCAAUUUUUUAGACCCAUCAAAAUGUUUAAGUUGCUCAGGGUCAUAUUUAUUUAAUGAAACUUGUGUUGCUACUUGUCCUUUUGGAACAUUUGUUAAUUAAUAGGAAAACAAAUGUGCAUAUUGUUUCAGUUAAUUUAGUAGUUGUCAAGAGUGUACUGAAAAAAGUUGUAUUUCUUGCAUAAAUAACUUAUUUAUCUUAGAAGACAUUUAGUAAUGUGUUUCAAGCUGUCCCUUUAACUAUAUUGAUUCAUCUUUAAUAGUGAAUUCUCCUUAAUCUAAUCUAAAUUCGAAUUUAAGCAAUAAAAAAACCUGCUAGAAAUGUGAUAAUUAAAAUUGCAAUACGUGUGACCCAAGAGAUACAAAAAAAUGCUUAAGCUGUCCAUAAACCACAGAUAAUUCACCAAAUUAAUAUUUGUAUAAUUAGGAUUGCAUAUAAAAUUGCGAUUUUUAUGUGAAUUUUGCUACAAACGAGUGUUUUGAUUCUUGUCCAAAUUAUUUACUUUAAUUAGAAUAACCUAAGUCAUGCUAAGAAUGCCCAUAAUUUAUUUAAAGCAGAGAAUGUGUUAAAGAAUGUACUUCAAAUACUUAUAUAGAUUAAAUUCAUUAAAAGUUAUGUGUGGUUUGCUAAGAUUAAUAUGAUACUAACUGUAUAUUGUGUAACUCAUAAUAAUGUUCAAAGUGCUCUUAAGGCUUUUAUCUCUACAAAAAUAAGUGCUACAGUUAAUGUCCUGAAAAUACUUUCAUUGAUAACGAAAAUUAUAAUUGUUUAGAUAAAUGCACAUAUCCUUUAGUCAUAAUAAAUUCAAACGUGUGUAGUAAAGCCUGUCCUUUAGGAUAGUUUAAAGAACCAAUUAAUAUGUAGGAUGAAAUUAUUUGUGGAAUAUGUGAUGAAAAAUGCAUAGAAUGUACAGAUAAAAGCUCAUUUUGCACUGUUUGUUCUCAAGGUAGUGGAUGGGAUUGCUUAGAUAAAGAAGAUUUUCAUAAAUUUAUUAGGAAUCAGCAUUAUGAAAGCUCAAGAGUUUAAAAUUGUGAAUGA